GGGCGUGGCCGGAUCACGUCCUGGGACUUGACAGGGUAAACGCGGAAGUACCCUUGUGCUCCCACCCUUCCUAGUCCCCUCUCUCCUCCCCCCUCCUCCCCCUCCUCCUCUUCCUCCCCUUCCUCCUCCUCCUCCUCCUCCCCCUCCUCCUUCUCCUCCCCCUCCUCCCCACCUCUUCCUCUCUUCCCUCCCUCCCGUCAAGAACCUAGUACCCACAAUGCCUUGCAAACUGCAACGUAGCCGGAAGAUGGCGGCUGCGGUGUAGAUGUGAGUCCCGCGGCUACCUAAGCUCCUCCAGCGACUCCUCGCCUCCUCGGACUCCGGCGGCGUCGGAGGCUCCGACCCCGCCCUGCCCCAGCCCUCGGCCGGGCCGAGUCCUCCUGCCGCCUUCGGUUCCUACAGAAUCAUGGCAAGUCCAAGAACAAGGAAAGUUCUUAAAGAAGUCAGAGCACAAGAUGAAAACAAUGUCUGUUUUGAGUGUGGUGCAUUCAAUCCCCAGUGGGUGAGUGUGACAUAUGGGAUUUGGAUCUGCCUGGAAUGCUCAGGGAAACAUCGAGGCCUAGGAGUUCACCUCAGCUUUGUGCGCUCUGUUACCAUGGACAAAUGGAAGGACAUAGAGCUUGAGAAGAUGAAAGCUGGGGGAAAUGCCAGAUUUCGAGAAUUCCUAGAAUCCCAAGAAGAUUAUGAUCCUUGUUGGUCAAUGCAGGAGAAAUACAACAGCAAAGCUGCAGCUCUUUUUAGGGACAAGGUGGCUACAUUAGCUGAAGGAAAAGAAUGGUCACUUGAAACAUCUUCUGCUCAAAACUGGACUCCACCCCAGCCUAAAAUGGCUCUAUCCUCAGUUCACCGUACUUCUGGCCAAUCCCAAAAUACAGCUGCAUCUUCAGACAAAGCUUUUGAAGACUGGUUGAAUGACGAUAUCAACUCAUAUCAAGGAAGCCAAGAGAAUCGCUACGUUGGGUUUGGUAACACAGUGCCCCCUCAGAAAAAAGAUGAUGACUUCCUCAAUAAUGCCAUGUCAUCACUGUAUUCGGGCUGGAGCAGUUUUACAACUGGAGCAAGCAAAUUUGCUUCAGCAGCUAAAGAAGGUGCUACAAAAUUUGGAUCCCAAGCAAGUCAAAAGGCUUCAGAGUUAGGUCACAGUUUAAAUGAAAAUGUUCUCAAACCUGCACAGGAAAAGGUAAAAGAGGGAAAGAUUUUUGAUGAUGUGUCCAGUGGGGUAUCUCAUUUGGCAACCAAGGUUCAGGGGGUUGGCAGUAAAGGAUGGAGAGAUGUCACCACCUUCUUUUCAGGAAAAACAGAUGAACCCUCAGAGAGACCACCUGAGGGUGAUAGUUACCAGAACAGUGGAGGAGGACACUACCAGAACAGUGCUAUAGAUCAGAAUUUCUGGGAAACUUUUGGAAACUCAGAUGUCCCCAAGACCCAUAAGUCACCAAGCAGUGACAGCUGGACAUAUGCAGACAAUUCCACAGAGAAGAAGAGCUCAGAUAGCUGGGAUAUCUGGGGCUCAGGAACUGUCUCCAACAACAAAAACAGUAAUAACAGCGACAGCUGGGAGAACUGGGAAACCAACUGGGAAAGUGCUGGAGGGGAGGGCAAAACUACCAAGGCCCCAAAGAAGGCAGCCAAAGCAGCAGCAUCCUCCGACGAAGGAUGGGACAACCAGAACUGGUAGACAAAGCCUUGGCUGCUGGUGAAGAGGAGCCUCCCAACGGUUAUAGGUCAUCUUGUGCUUAGUCUUCAUUUCUCCCAACAUCUGUUUUACCUGAGACAAAAUAACCCACGAGGCAAAGUGAGAUUCUCUUAGGUGAUUCAGCACAGCCAUUGCUCUCCAGUCAUCAAAGCUCUUUGCAGGCGCCUGAGCUUCCCUGGGCUACUGUUUGAAGCCAGAUGACUUUCUUCAGGUGUUCUGCCCCAGAAACUUCCAGUUCAAGUGCAAGCACUUUCUUGUGGCCCCGUACUGCAUGUGCAAUUUUUCUAGAAUUUCUUGUGCAGCCUUCAUUCUAAUGACAUGUUAGAGAGAGUCCAGGACCGGAUGACAUCAUCAAGGGGCAACAGAAAGAACUGCAGCUCUGUGAAUGCAGAAUGAAAGACAUUCAUUGGAAUGACACUAAAUAAGACAUCUUCCUGAAUUGUUAGGACUGAAUGAAAUUAUGUGAAAUGUUUUUGAUCUUCUGUAAAAUGUCUUUUUAAAUUGAAAUGCCUUCUAAGUUUAAAGGGUUUUGAUUUUUUUCAUUGUUCUUUAGAAGGAAAUCCUAGAGUUGGAAAACUGAAAAAUACAGAAAGCAAUAUCAUGACAACACUGACCUUUGGCCAUCCUGCCCCUAUUUGGAUGUCCACGUAGUCACUGUUGCCUUUUCUCUGUCUUACCAUUUCAGAUCUAUAUUCCCAUUGUCCAGAUCCCUCAGGUUGCUGAUAUUUGUAAUGCAAAGCUCAACUUAAAACAUUAUUACAAAAGAGUACUCUUCUGCCAUUCCUUUUUACCUUUCUACUCUAACUUGCUAACAUGAACACUCUAAUUAAGUAACUUUUUCCUUUAGCAUUUCUCACAGUACCUAUUUUGAGGUCUUUUUACCACAGUCACAUUCCCAGAUUUGAACUUCAAAUCAGUGUUAAUACUGUAAGGGAAUGCAACUGGGACAAUAUCAAAAUGAAAGGAGUAAAAAUAAGAUACCAUUGAAUAAAAUGGCAAACCACAUUGGAUCCAAAUAUAAAUAUUAACUUUAAUCUCCAUUCUGGCUCUCCAAAUCUAGUUUUACUUUAUUUGUUGUAUAGGUAGUCAUUAGAAUAACCUCUGCUUUCUUUUACUUCCUGCCUGCUUGCUCUGGGUUAUACCUGAGAAAAAGAUUCAGUUUUCGUUCUUUUUUGCUAGCACUGUAGUUCAUUCAUCAGUGCAAUGAGCAUUAAAAUUUAAUUCUAACUAUUGAUUGUAACAAAAUUACCCAGAAGAAUAAUUUUAUAGGGAAAUGUACGAGAGAAGCAGAUUUUUAUUAUUCUAAAUAUAUCACUGUGCUUUUCUCUACGUAUCCUACAAAUUUUCUUUGCUGUUUCAGUGUUAAUAUAGCUUUUUUAAAAUCAGUUCUGGAACUCACUUAAACCUCCAAUCAUGGUGCCAUGGAUGAAAAUCCUCAGAAAAUGUGACAUCCUUUUAAACCUUUAACUGAUUUUCAUAGAGCUUUUACACUCCCAAGAGGGGUGAUAUUUAUUAUCUACACAAGUUUGUUCAUGUUAACUCUUUGGUAUUGAAAAAUUUGGUCAAAAACCAUGAAGAAGGAUUCUUUUUGGAGUGGGGGGGGGCAUUCCUUUCAAAUUAUAACUGUUCUAGAUCUUGGUCACCUAGGCAGUAUCAGGAUUUGAAGAUGGAAAAAUCAUACUUUGCAUAUUUGAAGUUGACACCAUUGCUGUCACUGUACCAUUUUUCCCUGUUUCAAGUUAACAUUUAACUCUUGAUGUUUUUAUUUUGAUUUUUAAUUUUCUUUUAUUUUGCUGUCUUUCCUUUUAUAAAUGUCUUUUCUAUGUCUGCAGUUAUUGAGUCUUCUAGUGAGCUAUUUUUACUUGUUUAUAUGGGAGUUUUAUUUGGUCUAAGUGUACUAGUUUAACUGAAACCAUACUUCUUUCCACCACCUCGCUAUUCUUCUACAUGGAGAUCUCUUUUAGACAAGGAACAAAAUAGAUCUUAACAAAACCGUUCUGUAUUUUGAUGAUAGGAAUUUCUGUCAUGAUGGCCAAGAUUCUCUGCUCUUUUAGGAAUGCCUAGACUUUUUUCAUCCAUCCUGUCAUUUUGUUCUGAAGACUCCACCGUUUAAAUGCAUGUUAACAUGAACUGAUUUGAUUGUCCGUUAAUCUUUUUGCAUCAACUUUUACCUCUUUAUCACUUGUCAUCUGCAGAUUUUUGAACCAGUAGUGCAUGUAACCUGAAAGCCUUGUUGUCUAACUUAAAUAUGAAAUGUUUUCCCCCCUUUCUUGACUUAGCAGUAUAUAUAUUGUAUGAUGGUAGCAGUAUUUAUGUCAACAGAAGUCACUCAGUGGAUUGGGUCAUCUAAUUGUUGUUGAAGUUAUCUUUCACCUCAAAUGAUCCAUAGACAUUUUGGCUUUCUGUAUGCUUUCUUAUUAUUGUUGGAUUUUAUCAAUCACCUUCCCAUAUCAAGAUAGACUUUUAGAUGAGCAAAAUCUCUUGCAUGUUCUUUUUGUUUUAACAUUCCAUUUCUUUAUCCUUUUGUGCUUAUGUUAAUAUUUAGGCCCAUCAGUAACUAUUUCAUAUUUCUAGGAUUUGUGUAAGUCUAAUUCAGAUCAUGAAGUGGAAUAUUUUUAGCCCAUACCUCAGUGCAGCACAACUUGAUGAAAGUGAAAUUUUUCUAGAAAAAUAUUCCUGAAGCUCACAGCUCCGGGAGGUAUGGUUGGCAGUCACCAAGCAACUGCUAUAAGUGUUUGUUCAAAUAGCAUUUCAAAGGAGUGUAUGAAUAGGCCGGAAAUAAAAACAAGUCAACUUUCAGUUUAGGAAUUUGUGUGUGUUUUUAAAACAGGGUGAAACUCAAUAUUUCUUCUGUCCAAAUAGAGUAACAGUUUGAGAGAAGAAUAAAGCCUCUUGGUGGACAUUGAGAAGCCUUUGCCAUUGGAAGUCUUUUUAAUGACCUGGGUGAAAUAGGUUGUGAUUCUGUUCCAGUGCCUAGUAAGGAUGUUCCAUUCUUCUUAGUACUUCUUGCCCUUUUGGAUUAGGUGGUUAUGGGGGGUUCAUGGGCUGUCUUGAUACCAAUCCAGUGGUGAAAUGAAGACAUUUCUACUUGUUUGGCAUCUGUUCUCCACAAAAUCAUAAUUGGUAUAUUAAGCUGAGAUGAUAAAUUACAGUUUAAAGGAAGUCGAGGAGAAUUUUACAUAGGUGAAUAUUAGUCUCUAGGGACUAACCUGUAUGCUUCGAAGUCAUAGGUAGCAGCUCUCCGAUGACAUCUUGGAGAAAGAACAAACCAGAGAGGUUCAAGUAGUUGAGCCCCCAGGUAUGGCACAUCCAUCUUCCAGUGUUCCCACAUCAGAAUACUGUAGAAGAGCCUAGAGCCUUUGAAAAUUGGCUUUAACUUUUUGUUGCUGUUGUUUUGUCUUAGCUCUUGAAUUUUACAAAGUUGUUUUUUAAUUUUAUUUUCCCCCCAUCUUUUGGUCUCAAGGAUAACACUGCUACUUUUUUUUCCAGUCCAGACUUUGUGACAUUCCUCUGGUAGGUGAAGAAUUUAUGUUAUGAUUGUAAUAAUUGUGCAAUAUCUUAAUAAGUGUGAAUGAAUUUGCCUUCUUAUCUAAUACAGGAAGUAAAGUUUUAAGGUGCAGUCUCCCUUUUUGAGAUUAGAGUAGUAGACACCUCACUUUCAAACUUGUGGUGUUCCUCUAGGGGAAAGUUUGAAGGAAUAUCUAGAACUAAUCAAACAGUGGAUUCCAAAGUCAGUUUCCAGAAUGCUGUAAUAGAGUGGUCAGAUGUGACCUUCAUUGUAUUUUAAAGACGACAGUUCUUUCUCUGGGUUACUUGCAGAUAAUUUUAUAACAUGCUAUUCAAGAGAAGGGGAGACUGUAUCUUUAAUUUUCUUGGCCUGUUUUUGUGAUGUUUUAAGGAUUUGGAAAUUUCAGUGACUGGUUACUCUGUUCUAUAAAAAUGGUAUUGGACUUAAACUGCCAUGUCAUCCUUUAAAUGAGCAUUACAAUAAAGCAAAGAGAAAUAGA